AAGACUCCGAGUGAAGACGUGCUCUUUGAAGUUCUUUGCUUGAAGACAACGAAGGAAUUCGGUUUCUUUUCAAUUACUGCAGGAUUGAGUGGGUGGCUUAUGUAACAUCGAAUAACCAAAUAUUGAAACAAUAGGCCUUAAUGAAGACAUGGCUGUGACACUCAUCUUUAUCCUCGGUCUGUCUUUGGUCCGUCCCUCAGUCGGACAAUUCAAUUAUCUCCUCUCGUCCUAUCCAUACGUUCAACCCAAUACCAAUCCCAAUCCCAAGGUUGGGUUUCCCAACCAGUUUCAUGGCCAAUCUAUGAUCUCGUCGAGACCAGACAAAAAGUUGUUAGGUCAUCUGGUGACUCCAGCUCAACCAUGGCAAGUGGUGCAAGGGAAUUCUCAGAAAAAGUUCAUGUAUCCAACCAUGGGCUUGAAUUGGCCUUUCAUGACUGUCAAACCAGGAACCAUUGGAUCGGGUGCCACUGCACCAAGACCAGGUGGAGAAUCCGCUUUUGCCGAGGUUGUUGAAGAACCGACAAUGGAACAAGAGCGAUUGGCUAAUGGACACACGGGAUCAGGGCCCAAUUUCGAGGGCGACAUCAUUUGUCACGAUCGAGCAGACGGGACCAGCGCACUAUUCAAUGUUAUGAUCAAUGGAUUGCCCAAGUCUGUGAAUGGCAAGAGGAAGAUCAUCAUUGUGGGGGCCGGUAUCUCGGGUUUGGCCGCGGCCAAGGCCCUCAAGCAAGCCGGACAUGAGGUCCAGAUCUUUGAGGCGAGUAAUCGGGUCGGGGGUCGAAUCCAAACCUAUCGGGAUCUAAGGGAUGGGUGGCAAUCCGAAGUGGGGCCCAUGAGGAUUCCCAAGAGCCAGAUCUUCACUCUUCAGUUGGUCAAGGAAUUGGGAUUGCAUCUGAUCGACUUUGAGAACAAAGAGGGCCCUAAUAAUUACUUUAUCCGGGGACGAAAGUUCAAGAUGAAUGAGCUGAAAGACUUUUAUUUGAAGUACUUUUCCGAGAUCUACGAUGUGAGUCGAAACAAUUCCGAUUUUGAGCCCAUCGAGCUUGUGGUCAAUGCUCUAAAGCAACCAUCGUAUGACCUUCAGAGCAUGAAAUGGGAGGAUUUCCUGGCCAAAUAUGACAAGUAUUCAUUCAAAGACUGGCUAUUGAUGUCGGGCAUCUCACGAGGAGCCAUUGAUAUGAUUGGAGUGUUUUAUAAUUUUGAGGCCUUUCUUGACGUCGGCCUAGUUGAGAAUGUCCUUGACGAGUGUACGUUUCACGAGGCUGACUUGAAAAUGGUGGAAGAAGGCAUGGAUCUGUUACCUCGUGGGUAUUUACCCUAUCUCAGAGAAGACAUCCAUUAUCGCUCGAAAGUGGUUCAAAUUGAACAAAGCGCUCGAGGAGUAAAAGUCGAGGUGGACUGCAAUGGCGUGGAUUGCGAUGAAGGCCCCAGUGUUCAUGAAGCGGAUUAUGCCAUCAUCACCACCACAGCCCCGGUCACACAAGGCAUCACGUUCCUACCUCAACUCAGUCAGAACAAAUCGAUAGCUUUACGGAAUGCGAAUUACCAGCCCUCGACCAAAGUGAUCCUCGUGUUUGACACGCCCUUCUGGGAAAUGGGAGACAAGUCGUUGAAAGGCGGACAGACUGUGUCAGAUUUGCCGCUCAAGAUCGUGUACUACCCGGUGAAGGAAUCCAAAUCAGGUGUUGGAGUCCUUCUAGCAUCUUAUACUUGGGGCCGGGAUGCCUUGAGAUUAACGGGGAUGACCGAUGAUGAGAUCGUUGAGGAAUGUCUGGAGGGUCUGGCCAAAAUCCACCAACGAAGCCUCGCAUUCUUGAAGAAAGAGUUCACGAGCGCCGUCGUGAAGCGGUGGUCAUCCGAUCCUCUGUAUUUGGGAGCUUUCCUCAUGUUCGCACCCUACCAAUUUUCUGAGCUCCAAGAAGAUCUUUCCCGAUCGGAGGGUCGCCUCUACUUCGCCGGAGAACAUACCGAAGUACCUCAUGGCUGGAUGGACACCUCCAUUAAAUCCGGAAUCAGAGCAGCCACCGAAAUCCACCUCCAGCAAGACUGGGCCAAACCCUCUCGCUUGAGAAGGUGAAGAAGUAGCCGAGCACUCGACUAUUAACUAAUUCGUUUUAUGGUUGUUUUAGUCGCAGAGACGAGACAACGAAAAUAAUUCUGAAUUGAAGCCCACCAUCCACAACCAGCCCUUAACGGUGGAUGAAGACACAAGCUCACUCAAUUGCCACCCUAGAUAACGCAUUAGAUUUUUCUUGUUCUCCAAGAUCGGCUCCUUUCGUUCAGUUAACAUGAUGUGCCUCUACGUAUCUUUGUCUCUGGUCUCUCCAAUGGCAUCAUGGUUCAUUCAUUUCACAGCUUUACCUUAUCUUUCCGUGAAAAGCUGUGAUUUCUUCCGAUUUGUCAAGCCAGAUCCGUCCCGGUGAAAUGCAGUCUAAUCUUUCUUUCGGUACUUAUUCCCUUCUGACUUGUCAGCCACUAGAGUUACCAGUGUUGCUAUUUUUGGCAACACGAACCUGAUUGCCGACCAUGAUUAAGAUCGAUUUUCUUGAUCGCUGCCAUUCGUCCACCCCAGUACAAUGCAUUAGUGUAGAAAAAGUACUGUAAAUGAAUAGUUUUGAAAUACAUGUUGAGUCUGAAACAUGUGAUAAACCAAGAUGAAUGUGAGAUUCUUUAAUGUUAAUGGAAGAGGCAGGUGGAAUUACUUGAAUUUUGUGAAUUAGCCGAAUAGGUGAAUGUUGAACGGUAAUUAUCAAAAUAAAAUGAAUUGUCUUUUACAUUUGUAUAUCAGCUCCUAAGACGCUAAGGGCCUUUUUUUGCGAUAACACUUUUGUGGAUUUACCAUCAUUAGUCCAUAAAGAUUUGGUCCUUACGCCCUCUUCUUCUGUACAUCGUGAGCAUUCCA